GUCUCCACACAGGAGCGCACCAGUUUACUGUAGCAUCAGCACUGGAGAUACACGCCACCUGAAAGCUCAGCUGCCACUCUGCCAACACGACCGUCUUUCUACGAGUGACUGGAGAAAAACAAAGAUAACAUGUUCCGCAACUCUUGUUUUUCCGCUUGAUUUAACCACAAUGUGUUUGCAUUUGGAUUAAGUUUCCACGUCGUUUCGAGGGACGCGGUCAGCUGUGGGGGGAAACAUGAGGAUAACUGUCGGUUCCCGUGGAUGACAAUGAACGCAGAUUUUCAAAAUCCCCUGCAAGUCCCUCAACCAAAGGUCCGCAGUCAUCUGACCAUCAAAGUGCAGUCCAAGCUGAUGUCCAGACCGUGUCCUCCUGUCCGUGGUCCAAAGCCUCCUGUCGCCCCAAAGCCCAGACCCCUGUAUGAGCUUCACGCACAGGGGGAGCCCUGCACCCCACAGAGCCUGAGUAACGGAGAUCUGGCUCACUCUGAUGGAGAGACGGAAGAUCUCCAAGAUAUGGUUGAGGAGAAUCAGGACAAAGAGGAGAAAAGUGAGGCAGAGGAUGGAGUUAAUGACAAUGGCAACGGACACAAUGACAAAGAGAACAUAGCAGAAGGAGAAAAUGUGGAGGAAACUGAAGAAGAAGUCGACAUAUUAGAUAAUGAUGGUGACAGCAUUGGCUCUGAGGACACAGUCAAAGCAGAUGAUUGUUCUACUGUUGACACUACUGAGGAUGAAAACACUGACAAUGACUUGAACCAGCCUGAAGGUGGCAGUCACACAGAUGAUGAGAACACAUCAACACCUUGGCUUACACCUGCUGAAUUGGACGGUGAAACAGGAGAAGAGGAGGAACAGAGUUUAGGUGAAAAAAGGGAAAUCGUUUGUGGCCCUACAAGACACUCAGACGAACACGUAGAGGAACAAAAUCUUGAUCAAACACAAUCACUCAGUCAGGGUGAUGAGGAUAAUGAUACUGGAUGUAAUGAAGUGGACAGUGAGGAAUGUUUGCACUGUGAUUUACACACAGAUGAGUCGGAGCUGGAAGCUGGAGGAUGUGCUUUUGGUUUCAGCGUGCUUCCAACUGUAACCGAGGAAUAUACCUACGAUGUGAUUGGCCCCACAGAUGAUGCCAGCGAUACAUGUGAGUCAUGUGAUACAGCAGAAACAGGGGAAACAGGGGUAUGGCAACCAGAACGGGCUACCAAGGACCUCUCUGGCUGUUUUCGAUUCACAUCCAGCACUGAGGAUGUGUUUGGGCCUUACUCUGUCAUUGAAGCUGUUCCGCCAGAUAUGACUGACACUGCUGACCCAGAGUGGAGUCAGGAUGAUACUGAUGACAAACCUUCAAAUGAACUGCAGACGGCAGGUGCUUCUAACCAAGAACCUUAUUAUGUGUCAUCGGAUGAUGUGGACAAGCUGGAGGAUAAGAUUGAGGAGGACACCAAGCAGUUGAAUCAGCACAAAGACAAAGCAAAGGACAGUGAGUCAGCAGAUGAGUAUGCAGACAUUGACGAUUCACUCUGCCCUCAAGCAGAUAACUUGGAACAGACCGAGUGUGUCUCAUCGGAGGAUUAUGUUGAGAUAGGUGAUGAUGAUGAAGAAGAGGAGGAAAUGGAAAAGAAACACAUCAAAGGAAAAAGUGCGAAAGAAAGAACGGCUAAGCGAGAACAGGCGUUCCUCAGCCAGCGAUCAAGCUGCCAGCCUCGCCUCAGGUUGUGUAACAUCACAGUGCCAGCAGACCUAGACGUAGGACGCACUCCAGAGCUCACCAACAGGGUGGUGUUCGCCCACACCACUGAGGCCUUCGAAGAAGACAUUGAGGAACUGGACUGCCAUAUUGUGCCUUACUAUGAGGACACAGACUCAGACAGUGAAGAGCAUAUAUACGAAGAGGCAGGAUUCGACUCAGAAGGGGAGAACUUUGUGACCCUUGAUAGGAAGACUAUUGUCACACGAUCGCGCUCUUACUCUGGUAAAGUUCCAGGCUAUGUCCCAGAAACUGUACCUGAGGAGACAGGGACAGAGUAUCAGACUCAUGACUACUGCACAGUGGCCUUGGAUAAAAACAAUGAACCACUUAGCCGUUCACAGCAGCCUGGAGUCAACUGUUUGAUCCCAUCGAUGAAGUCUCGCCGCUUCUUGUUUUAUUCCCGAUCUGCAGAAGGUCCAGAAUUAACCUUGACCACUCCCACAGAGAUCAGCCAAUCUCUGAAGGAUGAUUUCAGGAUGAAGAGGAAAGAUGAUACCUUGUCACUCCCAUGUGUCAUAACCUCUUCUGGAAGCUUCUCCCAGCGUAGCCAUCAAUCAUCCAGUGGUGUUUCUACACCAACCUCUCUAGUGGACAUCCCGCCACCCUUUGAGCUGGCAUACAUCACUAAAAGACCAGUCACCAAGAGUUCCCCAUCCCUCCUGAUCCAGCACGAACCCAAUGACAUAGCUAAGAAGAAGAAGUCCUCCUUUAAGCGCUUCCUGGCACUGAAGUUCAAGAGGAAGACAGAUUCAAAGGGUUUCAGUGAUGGAAGUGUCCGCUCUUCUCGUUCUUCCUCUGAGUCCAGCCACCACGGCCCAGCAAGAGUCAUAGAGCUUGAUCGUAGAAGCACUAGCAGCUCUCCUCAGCUUCAGUCCCACAUUGUUAACACCCAGCAGCGUCCUUCAGACCUGCCAUCCUCCUUUGUCCUCUACAAUGACCACCAUAGGAGGAAAGGUGACCCUAAAGCUUAUGGCAGGGGUGUCUCCAGAGUGGAGUCCUUUGAGGAGCGUUCUCGGCGCUCCGCCAUGCCACUGCCCUUGACCAAACCCCGCUCCAUCUCUUUCCCCAGUGCAGACACCUCAGACUAUGAAAAUAUCCCAGCCAUGAGUUCAGACUAUGAGAACAUUCAGAUACCAGGGAGACCCACCAGAUCUCACACUGUGACUGAGUUUUUUGAGGACCCAAAUCGCACUACAGUGGCCUGCAAUGAGAAUGAUGGUUAUGUGGAUAUGAACAGUUUCCCUGGGAUUGACAGCAUCAACCAGACAUCAAAAGAAGACCCUGAAAGUGCCUACACAGAGCCUUUCCCAGUGAACUCUAUCUCUGCUGGGCUGUCAGCAGAUGAGGACCAGGGGCGUACUUCAGAGGAGGAAGAGGGGGUGGCUGAGCAGAGUUACGAUCGACAGAUUGAUGGCCGAUCCCGUGCGUUCUACGUCGCCAAAGAGCUCGCCGACUCAGAGAGACUACACGUCAGCGCCCUCAAGUACCUUCAAGAGGACUUUAGGACAGCAGUGACAGAGGCGGUGGGUGAGGAAGAGGAGCCUGUGCUGGAGGAGCAGAGGUUAGGAGAGAUACUGGGCGUGCUCCCCCAGGUCUAUACCCUCCACAGCAGCAUCCUCACUGAGCUGGAGGAGCGCGUUAGUCAGUGGGAGGAGAGCCAAAGGGUCGUAGAUGUGAUCCUGUCACGUCGUGAGGAUUUUCGGGUGUUUGACACCUUUAUCUCAGAGUAUGAUCGCAGCAUGUCCUUACUGGAGGAGAGCUGCAGGGACAACCACGCCUUCUCCAAUAUCGUCAAGAAAUUUGAGACAAGAAGCCCAGAAGAAGCUGAAGUCCCACUGAAACACCAGCUGCUGCAGGUUAUAGUGAGAGUACUUCAAUACCGAAUGUUACUCACAGAUUACCUGAACAACCUCUCUCCUGACUCUAAAGAAUACGAGGACACACAAGCUGCCUUGGUGAUCGUGUCCGAGGUGGCAGACCAGGCCAAUGACAAUCUGAAGCAGGGGGAGAACUUGCUGCGUCUGGUCCACAUAGAGUACAGUGUGAAGGGCAAGAGGGACCUCCUGAAGCCAGGAAGGAUGUUUGUCAAAGAGGGCACACUCAUGAAGGUCUCGAGGAAAAGCAGGCAGCCCCGACACCUGUUUCUGAUGAACGAUAUAAUGCUGUACACCUACCCUCAGCAGGAUGGAAAAUACAGGCUGAAGAACACACUAUCUCUCUCUGGGAUGAAGGUAAGCAAACCUGUCCUAGACAAUGUGCUGAACUGUCUAAGGAUCGAGGUGUCUGACAUCACCAUUACACUCUCAGCCAGCUCAGUUGGAGAGCGAGAGGAUUGGUUCCACACGUUGAGUCGAGCCAUAGCAGACCACGCUGCAGGACUCUGUACAUUUGGUGGACCCUGCAGUGAGGCUCGUGAGAAGUUGUGGAUGGCCCUGGGUGAGGCUGCUCCCGUACUGGUGCCAGUUUCUCAUGUGAUGAUGUGCAUGAACUGUACCUCCGACUUCAGCCUCACGCUGAGACGACACCACUGCAACGCCUGUGGCAAGGUGGUGUGCCGUGCUUGUUCCAGGAACAGAUACCCACUGAAGUACCUCAAAGACAGGGUGGCCAAAGUGUGUGACCACUGCUACGCUGAGCUCAGGAAACGAGGUGGCAGCGUGUCAGGGGCGUGCGGUAACUCCAGCCCUCGGACUCACCGGGCCAGCCGCCCCCUUUCUGCUGUCUUCCAGAGUCUGCAGCCCCCAAGUCUGUGGAAGAGCAGGAAGAGCAUCUCCUCUCUCAACCAGGUGUCGCUUACUGUGGAGGGCUCCACCAUGAGCGGCAGCCUGCAGCGCCGGAAGAAGAGCAAGAGGAAGUGGAAGCGACUGUGGUUCCUCCUCAAAGACAAGGUGCUCUACACCUUCACAGCCCGUGAGGAUAAAGUGGCUUCGGAGAGUCUACCUCUGCAGGGCUUCACUGUCAAGCUGACUGAGAGGCCAGAGGGUGAGGAAAGCAGCAAUGUGUUUCAUCUCUACCACAAGAAGACUCUGUACUACACUUUCAGGGCCGAUGAUCCACACACGGCACGCAGAUGGGUGAAUGCCAUGGAGGAGGCUACUGUUUUAUAGCACCUGCUCAAUGAAACAAAAAAGUCCUGCUGUCUGUGACUGCUACAAACUCCUCUGUGGAGCACAACAUAGCUACCUGCUGCUUCUGAACUCAGACCGUCAGUAAGAAAUCAUCACAUCUGACCUGUUGUGGAAUAUCGUGUGAGAAUGUAACCAUAAGACAAGGCUGCCACCCAAUGGUAGGAAGGUAAACAUGGGGGACGACACUAUGUGGAAAGGAGAAGUGGAAACCACUUGUUGGAGAUCAUAUGAAAACUCACUUUAGCCUCUACCUUUUAGGAGAAGCUUGGAUACAUCAAAUUCUUUAUAUAAAGAUAAUUUUAUUCCCUCUGUUUCACCUUUUUACAAGGCUAAUCCCAC